GUUAGAUGUCACCAGUCAUUAAAAUUAAAAAAGAAGAAGAAUCCCUCCUCUGGCUCAGACCGUUACAGCCCCACCCUUUUCCUCCUCUGCAGAUCUCUGUCGCAGCGCUAAACGUCGCAUGAAUCUAAUUUCGGACGGAGAAAUCGACUCAACCAGGAAAUGGCUUCUUCUCUUCCUGCGUCUCUGUUCCUGCUGUCUGUGGUUUUCUGGCAGUUUCUCUCUGCUGCAGCUCAGAACUACGUCACAAUCAAAGCUACAGUUGGAGAGAACGUCAUUCUGCCAUGUGAAGAUCCUGACCAGGAGGAGAUUAUAGUCGUAGAGUGGAGCAGAACUGAUCUGGGGCCAGAAUCUGUCCUCCUGUACAGAGAUUCACAGUUUGAUCCAAUAAACCAGGAUCCAUCUUACAGGAACCGGGUUGAUCUGCUGGUUCGUCAGAUAAAGAAAGGAGACGCGUCUUUGAUUCUACAGAACACAACGACUGAUGACAGCGGAACGUAUGAAUGUUACGUCGUUAAAACAACUGAGAUGAAACUGAUCUGCUCCGUCAGCCUGGUGGUAGCUCCUCCUCCUCCUCCAGGAAUUCCUUCAUCUUCUCCACCUCCUGCCUCCCUCCUGAUCAGACGGGUCUGCCACCUGCUGGUCUUCUGUCCGUACUGCAUCUCCACUCUCCUCAUGGUGUCUUAAUGGCAACGCAGGAAAUCAGGAAGUGAUCUACCAGCCCUCUCUGAUCAAGGAUUGGAUGAUGAUUACAAUGAUGUCACCACAGAGCAUCACAUCUGAACUGUCAUCUCCCUUCAGUAUCGACUUCUAUUAACUUUAUUCUGAAAAGUUUGAUCUAAGUAAACCAGAACCAAGAUAAAUAAAGAUUUGUUUUAAAUGUAAACAGAUUUAGAGUUGAGCAAGCUAAGAAACGUUCUUUUGUUGUUGUUGUUUUGUUGGGUUUUGAUAUUUCUGAUCUGAUUAAUAACGAAACAAAUGUUUGAUUUAGAGAAAAACCAGCUGAGUUUAAAUACAAACAUGAAAAAAUCUGAGGAAGCUUUGAAAAGAAGUAAAAUGCAAAAGUUUAAUUCCCCUUAACUUUACGUCACAUCACAACUUCACAUUGACACAUGCUCUGUAACCAGAGACAAAACACACACAGCUCUCUGUAAACAGCACAGGAUGUCUGCUGGAGGCUUCUUUUACAGACGGGAACAUAUUAAAAAUCAGAAACACCAAACAGCAUAAAACUUACGUAUUUUAAGGGUUUGAAACAGAAAUAGCAGCUCUCAAAACACCGUCUGCAUUCUCCCGUUUUUACAAGUAUAACAUUUGGUCCACUUAAAGAAAACUCUGUAAAAGCCUCUUACCGCCAAAUCACAGCUCAUCACUUCUCUACCAAUAAAAUCAUUUGUCUAGUUUAA